GACAGUGAUCUUCAGUGGACAGUGAAGUGCUCGACACCCGCGUCAGACCACCGCUUCCCGACCAUGUCCGACUCGGGGGACGAUUCGUGCGAGGACCACAACGGCACGUCCAACUCGCUGAACCAUCGGACGCCGCCGAACUGCGCCCGGUGCCGCAACCACGGGCUCCAGAUUGGGCUGAAGGCCCACAAACGGUACUGCAAGUACCGCCACUGCAACUGCGAAAAGUGCUCCCUGACGGCCGAGCGGCAACGAGUUAUGGCCAUGCAGUGUGCCCUGCGCCGCGCCCAAACCCAGGACGAGCGGUUUCUCAACGAAGGCGAGGUGCCACCCGAGCCGGUACCGAGAUCGUUCGAUUGCGACUCCUCCACCGGAUCGAUGGCAUCCUCACCGGAAACAUCCAGCAUGGUGGGGUCCAGCAUGGGGUCCCCGGGAAUCCCGCACCAUCCGGCCGAGACGCAGCAACUCGAAGAAGACGAGCUGGUUAAGCGAGCCCAGUGGCUGCUGGAGAAACUGAGUUACCCCUGGGAGAUGAUGCCCCUUAUGUACGUCAUAGUGAAAAACGCGGACGGUGAUGUACGAAAGGCGCACCAGCAGAUCGACGAAGGUCAGUUCGCGGUCAACGAAUAUUCACGAUUGCACAAUUUGAACAUGUUUGAUGGCGUGGAGUUGCGCAUCGAUCCAGUCUUACCGGCCGCGACAGCCAGAACGGCAGACGGACAGAACAGAAGGCGUUCUCGGUACCCUAACGAUGCUUAA